GCUGCUUUCCUUCUUAAGCAUUUCAGAAGUCCUCCUUUUUCUAUUCUUCUCCUGCUUUCAUACUAUACAUUAUUGAACAAAUUGCAUUGCGUUUCGUCUCUUUCUUUGAACUCCACUCGAGAUUUUUACAACUGAACAAACACACAAUGACUUCCGUCGUGCAAAAUAUCAUUGACAAGAUCCAGGGCAACAAGGGCGAGGAAGGCCCCCGCGAACCCUCCGCCGAAGAGCUCCAACAACUCCGACAAAAGUACGAAGCUGCCAACCAAGGACAUGUUUUCAAAUUCUACGACCACCUCAAAUCUGCAGAGAAGGGUCAACUCUUCCAGCAACUCUUAACAUUCAAUCCAAACCGCAUCAAUGAGCUCGCCGAAAUCGCACUUCACCCUCCCCAAACCUCCUCGGAUGGACCCGUGAAACUCGAACCCUUGCCCACAUCCGCCACAGCUUCGAUGUUGGAUUCAGCUCAAGAGGAUCUCGAGAGAUAUUACAAUGAGGGCUUGAGAUUGGUUUCGGAGAACAAGGUCGCUGUGGUGCUCAUGGCUGGUGGACAGGGUACUCGUCUCGGUAGCUCUGCUCCCAAGGGAUGUUUCGAUAUUGGUCUUCCGAGCCACAAAUCCUUGUUCCAGCUCCAGGCUGAGCGUAUUUCAAAGAUUCAGAGUUUGGCAGAGAAGAAGCAUAACAAAAAGGCCGUUGUGCCUUGGUAUAUUAUGACCAGUGGUCCCACAAACCAGCCUACUGAGGAAUUUUUCCAACAACAUAACUACUUUGGUCUGGACAAGGCCAAUGUUAAAUUCUUCCAGCAGGGUGUCUUGCCCUGUAUCUCAAAUGAGGGUAAGAUCUUGUUAGAGAGCAAAUCCAAGGUCGCCGUUGCACCAGACGGCAACGGUGGUAUUUACCAAGCACUCAUCACAUCCGGUGUGCGAGAAGACAUGCGCAAGAGGGGCGUUGAGCACGUUCACACCUACUGUGUCGAUAACUGCCUUGCCAAGGUUGCCGAUCCCGUCUUCAUUGGCUUUGCCGCUACGAAGGACGUUGAUAUUGCCACCAAGGUUGUCCGGAAACGCAAUGCUACAGAAUCAGUAGGACUUAUCCUGCAGAAGAACGGCAAGCCUGACGUGGUGGAAUACUCGGAGAUCGACAAGGAAACCGCCGAAGCUAAGGACCCUGAACACCCUGAGAUGCUCAAGUUCCGUGCUGCAAAUAUUGUCAAUCACUACUACUCCUUCCGGUUCUUGGAAGGAAUUGAGUCAUGGGCUCACAAGCUCCCUCACCACGUUGCACGCAAGAAGAUUCCUUGUGUCAACCUAGAGAAUGGAGAGACAGUGAAGCCUGAGAAGCCCAAUGGUAUCAAAUUGGAACAAUUCGUGUUUGAUGUGUUUCCCUUGACACCGCUAGACAAGUUCGCGUGCAUUGAGGUUCGUCGCGAGGACGAAUUCUCUCCGCUCAAGAAUGCGCGAGGCACCGGCCAAGACGACCCGGAUACUAGCAAGCAGGAUAUCAUGCUUCAGGGAAAGCGAUGGCUCGAGCAGGCGGGAGCAGUUGUUGUCACUGAGGGUGAUAAUGCUGGCGUUGAAGUGUCGCCUCUUAUCAGCUACGUAAGUUUAUGUCCACUUAUCUGCUUUGACUCAGGCUAACAUCCUUUUUUAUCCAGAGCGGCGAAGGGUUAGGGUUCGUUAAAGGAAAAGAAAUCAAGGCCCCAGCCGUGAUUGAAAAGGAGAGCGAUGCAUAAAUGCAUAAGGCUGUAAACUUCAAAAGUGACUUCUGGGAGGAUGCACUUUCUUGACGGGGAACGGUGUUUAUUGUUGAUGUAUCGUUAAUCUUGUCUAAUUCUCGAGGAAUAGAGAACGUAAUAGUGAAGCCAUGGGGCUAUGCACAUACACAAAGUCCC